GUUGACCUUGAUUGCAGUAUACUAGCUACGGUAUCCAGUUCUGGAGUGAAAAUGUGUUCAGUAACCUACUCAUACUACGUACGAAGCUGAUGUUAUUAUGAGACUGUUACAAUCAUCAUAGGUUACAAUUGAAGUGUUGGGAAUCAGAUCAAUGUUUGUGGUGUAAACUAUAAUAAUUAGUAAAAACUUAAAUUGUUUUACAACUCAGUUCGUCAUUCGGUUUCUGACAGUUUUAUGGGCAAAAAGAUGAUUUCGCCCACAAGGAAAACAGAAUAGGGAAAACAGCGUUCACUAUUGGAGAAUUGGAUUCUCUACAGAAGAUCCAGAUUGCCGGUUGUUUAAUUAAUGAAAUGACAAUACAGAUACAGAUUCAAAGCUAUAAAGUGCCGUCUAUUUCUCAACUUGACUUCCUUUAAGAAAGCACAAAGAAGAUUUAAUAAAUUUUAUUGUAACUUUCACAAAUCAAAGGAAACUGUACGGAGAGAAUAAGACUGUACCAUAAAUUUGGACCUUGAAAGAACCAGCAUAAUUUUACUUGUUUCCUCAAAAUAUAAUUAUUUUUCAAAUCAACGAGCAUGGAUCGUCUGCCACGAUUCGAUAGAAGUUUAUGUGGUUGCUCAGUGGAAUUGGGCUCAAAAAUAAUUGGCUUCACUAUUCUGGGACUACGAGCUUUGACUAUACUUCUUAUAUUUUAUUUGCCAAAUGAUGAUGCAACAGGGAAUUAUAAACAAAAGAAAGGAGCUAUACCCUCAAUUGGAACAGUAACCCUGAUAGUGACAACAGUUUAUUUAUCAAUACUUUGCAUUUUUGACGUACUCAUGCUUAUUGGAGUCUAUAAAAGACGACCCUCACUCAUACUUUUAUGGAUUGUCGUUCAGGUUUUGGCCAUUUGCUCUGCAAUUGUUUUCUUAAUUAAGGCAAUAAUUGAAAAUGCUGCCCACAUUAAUCUGAUAGUUCGAUCCUUAAUCUCGUGUUGUAUCUACACCGGCUACUCCAUUCUAGUUGUCAACAGUCAUUAUCAGAAUUUGAAAUCGGAAGAAACAUGAACAUUUAUCAUAAUAAAAAUAUAGAGUUUUCUAUCAUUUUCAAAAUGUA